UAUGGCUUUAGCCGCAAGCAGGACGCUCUUGGCGCUAAUCGUUACGUUUUGCGCACCAGGAUGCGGAUGGGCAGCAGAGAAGCCCCUGCGGUCACAAAAUGGGAAACAGACAUCUGUGGAUAAGGGUCUGAGGGAGAGGUGGGAGCCUUCAAUUCAUCUAGAUGGAAGACCUGUGGACCGCUUCGUCAUCAGCUCCAACAAACCCACGAGGUCUCACCGCUUCACGAAAGGAAAGGACAGUCGCUCGCAUCUACUGGAGGAUGUAGACCCUGAAUGGGUUAACCUGGAUGGCUUUGCUGUGUUGGGCGGUGCACCUGUCAGGAACUCAUCAGCAGGUCAAGCCAGGUCUCCACAAACUGCUGCCAGAAAUCAGCUUCCAUUACAGCGGGCCACCAGGGUGAACAGAACAGCCCACCCAUUGGGAGUGUCUAAUACCAGGACACACAGGAGGGCCCCUCAGUCCUCCUCAGGUCCCAGGCAGCCUGAGAGAGCUCUGCCAGGAGCUCCCCCGCUGGAAAGGAGACGCCAACACCACACCAAGCCUCAAUCUGACCAGAGAAACCGAAACACACCAAAACUAACAUCUGAGUCCGUUCAUGUGGUGUCACUGCAGGCACAGAAAGCCCCGGGCCAGAGCGCAGCCGCCAACAGAGCAGUCGCAACCAAAAGAACUACACCAGAGCCACCGGAGUACGAGGCCCAGGACAUCGGUGUCAGGGUCAUGUCUCCUCAGUCAGUCCUCAUCUCCUGGCUUGAUCCUGCUGUUGAGAUGGGAAAGGUCGGCCCUGGGGUAAUCAGAUCCUACACAAUUAGGUACAGGGAGAAGGGCGAGUCAGCACGCUGGGAGUACAAGGACAGCCACCAGAGGAGGAUGAUGAUAGACACCCUGUCUGCUGACGGCAUGUAUGAGUUCUCUGUCCGAAUCUCUCAGGGAGAAAAUCAUGGAAAGUGGAGCGUCUCUGUCUUUCAAAGGACCCCUGAGUCAGCGCCAUCUGGGCCACCAGAGAACUUUGAGGUCAAGCCACUACGAGGAAAAGGAACUGCUGUCAUAGCAACAUGGGAUCCACCUGAAGAACCCAAUGGGAGGAUAAGAGAGUACAUCCUGUCUUAUGCUCCUGCUAUGAAGCCAUUUGGAAUGAAAAGUGUGACGUACCGUAGCAGCAGCAGCACAGCCACCGUAGAUGGUCUCACACCGGGUGAUCGGUACAUCUUCAAGAUUAGAGCCACCAACAGGAGGGGUCAGGGACCACAGAGCAAGAUCCUCAGUGUUGUCAUGCCGGGAUCCAGCAGCGCUGCCUCGUCGUUCUCAAAAACCAAGGACAACCGCAGGACUAUCCACACUCCUUCCAAACAGGAUACCGACCAUGAUGAAACUGACCUCCAGUCAAGAAAGGUAACAGAAGAACCAACCACACCCCCUCCGCCACGCUCUGGCUUACCUGUCAAUAGGCCUGUACGCCCAGUUUCCCAGUCACGCUCCUAUCACAGCAUCUUGCCCUCUGUAAGGGGCUCAGUCAGGAACACAGUGAACAGAGGGUCAUCCAGAGGAAGAGCUCAAGAUAGAGAGGAUGAGGAGGAAGAAGAAGAGAAAAUAUACACAACGGCAUCUCCAGUAGAAGAGACGACAACCAUGGAGGUUGUACCGGAGACAAAAGAACCGGACAAUAAUGUUUCUCCUGAAUUUGAAGAUGAAGCGGGAUAUGAUGAAGGGCCUCUGACUACUGAGCGCCCCAGCCUCAAGAUUUCGACACCCUCCCCAAUUAAACCCCGUCCCAAUCCUCCACCCAGGAGGCCCAUUAAGAUCAGGGUCCAUCAAAAACCAGGAUCCAAAGCUACUUCCUCUUCUUUGUCUAACUCUUCAUCCUCCUCAUCUUCCGAUAAAGCCAGCACAACACAUACUAAACCCUCCUCUACAGUUGUAAAAGAGACCAAUUCACAGCAGACAGAGGCUACAUCUGUUGGAAGAGGUUCAGUGUCAGCGGGGCGCACCAAGGGCUCUGGGUUGGGCUCUAGAUAUGGUUACAGUCGAAGACAUCCUGGAAAUGUGUUUAGAGGGAAUUCAACUCGAAUGCUGAAUGGUUACAAACCUGCUGUUACCUCACAGUUGAAUUUACCAAGCCCAACUCCAAACCAAGCAACUUCAAACACACAUAGCUCAGCAACAUCACAGUCCACUUUACCAGACAGGACAUCACCUGAGCGAGACACAACACACAGGGAGGAAAAUUAUGACAGCAAUAACAAAGACACAGACGCAGAAGCAAUCAAAGUUGAAGAGCCUACUUCAAACUCUAAACCACAACCCACAGAGGAGGAGAGAGGGGAGGAAGAGGCAAAGGAGGAGAGCAGUAAUGAAAAACCUGUGGUUUCUCGUACCAGAAUUAGCCCCUCAUUUGCUGAAAGGUUCCCUUGGCUAGCUACCCGUUACCCUGGCAGGUUUGGUUCUGGGACAAGAGCUUCAUCACCCAGGCAGGAUGGUAGGAGCUCCUUGACCAGGACAUCAUCCUCCAUGGGGGCUGGUAGACCUGUCUUGAGGGGGACACCCACUAGGGUGUCAGGGGCCACAGGUGCUGCAGGAGUAUCCACGAUACAGGAAACUAGUGAUGAUCUGAGGACUCAUGAUUCACUAAAGAAUGGGGUGGGUUCAGUAAAGCCUUCUUUGACCAAUAUAAAUACAGCCUCUAGUGAUGCUAGAAACCCAACUACCUCCUCCUCUUCAUCAUCUUCCUCUUCAGCAGCAACUUCUUCAAACUCUGAUUCCCAUUAUUCCUCUGGUAGACACAGAGUCUCAAAUCAGCCAGUCCCUAGAGAAACCUCUAAUGACAAUAAUAAUGAUCAUAACGAGGAUUAUCUCGAUGAAAGGAGUAGAGAAAUCAGUGGAAAAAAUGAUAAAGUUGCUAUAAAUCCAGCUGACCCUAACAGACAUGUAGAAGACAAUGACAGUGUGGAAACAAGGGAAACUUUUUCCAGGACAAGACCUGGAUCACCGUCCGGAGGCACUCAAACUUAUCGUCGUCCUGGUGUGGGGGGGAACGGGAGGGUACACUCUCCUCUGCUUGCUAACCGACAGUUUGGUGGAUCUCGGCUUCCCAUCAGACCACAGCCAGCACAGAACUCAAGGAUGGGUUCUUCAACGUCCGAUUCCUCCUCAUCAUCAUCUGACUCUUCUUCCUCAAAUUUGCCACGGCCAGUUUUGACCUCAGAUCGUGAUGUUGGUAGUGGUACUACUGUGACAAAGACAGGGGGAUUAAUUGGAGGCAACUCCCAGUCUACAUCAUCAUCCUCAGCAUCUUCAUCAUCAUCUAGGGGCCAGGGAGGUCGGCCUCGCUAUCCCAUUGUCAGAGGGAAACCAACCAACGGAGGACAACUCAAGCCUGCAAAUGGAAAUGGUAAAAAUGGACGACCAAACCUGACAGCAACAAAUGAUAAAGAUUCCUCUUCCUCUCAUGGAACCAGCAAGGCCGUUGGUCAAAAGUUUAUCACAGGACCUGAUGGAACCAAAUGGGUAAUAGACUUGGAACAGGGGGUUCUUAUGAACGAGGAUGGUCAAGUUCUCCAGGACUCCCAGGGCAGGCCUAAGAGAGUGGUGCUUGGAGAAGACGGAAGCACGAUUUUUGACCACAUGGGUAGUCCUCUGUUAAACCAGGAAGGUAUAGCUCUGUUUGGCCACGGCCGAGAAAGCCUGCCUGUGGUCAAUCCCAAAGACAAGGUCCUCAUGGUUGGAGGGAAACCUGUACUUGGCUUGGACCUUCCUCACCUCAGAACCACCACCAGCACCAGGGCUCCUACCACCACCACCACCACCACCACCAGGGCUCCUACCACCACACCUGAACCCACCACCACUGACUGGAUCAUAGAGGAGUCUACCACUGCACCGCCAUUCCCAACCUGUCCACCUGGAACCUUCUCGAAAACAGAUGAAUACGGGUAUCCAGCACUGGAUGCAGAAGGAAUAUUGGACUGUUAUCCAGAAGAGGAAUCCUCAGGAAUGGAAAUGGACUACAUGCCUGAUGCUUUAGUUCUUAAGAAAGAUGAGCUUUUUGUCCAGACCACCUUGCCCCCAACAACCACCACCACCACCACCACCACCACGACAGAGAUCCCGACUCCAGAGCCAGACACCAGACCAUCCAAACAUGGCCCAUCAUCGGAGUUUGACCUCAGUGGGAAGAAGCGAUUCACAGCUCCCUAUGUGAACUACAUCCAGAAGGACCCGGCUUCUCCUUGCUCCUUGACGGAGGCUCUGGAAUAUCUUCAGGUUGACGUCCUGGAAGACCUAAUGGAGAAGGACAGCCUGGCAGCCAAUCAGAAUCAGCCUCCCAAAAACAAGCCUCAUAACCUCACUGUGGUCGCCAUGGAGGGCUGCCACUCAUUUAUCAUCCUGGACUGGGGUCGCCCACUGAAGGAUGAUAUGGUGUCAGGCUACAUGGUCCACAGCGCUUCAUAUGAUGAUGUCCUCAACAAUAGAUGGUCCACUAAACCCUCCAGCGGGUCCCACCUGGCUUUGGAGAAUCUCAAACCAAACUCUAGGUACUACUUCAAAGUGCAGGCCAAGAAUGUGUUUGGUUUGGGACCCGUCAGCAAUACGCUCACCUAUGUCACCGAAUCAGACGAUCCUCUUCUCAUUGAAAGACCACCUGGUGGGGAACCAAUCUGGAUUCCCUUUACCUUCAGGUAUAACUCAGCCCACAGUAGCUGUAAGGGCAGCCAGUACGUCAAGCGGACAUGGUACAGGAAGUUUGUGGGUGUGGUUUUGUGUAACUCUCUGCGAUACAAGAUCUUCAUGGGAGAUGAGCUUAGAGAGCCCUUUUACAGUAUAGGGGAUACAUUUGGCCAUGGAGACGACCAUUGUCAAUUUGUGGAUUCCUACAGGGACGGAAGGACCGGUCCGGAAUACCUCUCAAAUUAUCUGCCCUCAGCACAAGGAUUUUAUCGCGCCUACAGACAGCAGCCGGUUUCAUUUGGAGUUAUUGGUCGACGCACACCCCAUCCAUUCGUGGGCUGGUAUGAAUGCGGGGUGCCUAUCCCCGGGAAGUGGUAAAACAGGAGGAGUAGGAGACAUUGUUACCGUGGGCUUCUGUAUCCUGCCGCAGGCUCUUACCGUCUCUGGUCCUGCCAUUAAAAACAGACUUUUGCCUGCCACAAUGAAAUGACACCACUACGAAUUCAUAACAGCGUCACAGAAAGAGGAUAUAGUACUUUUAAACAACUCAAUGUAUAUCAUUACAAUGCACUUUUUUAUAUAAAGCAGUUUGUAUAUGAGGGGGAAAAAAUAAGCAUGUGUGCUUUUGCUUAGUGUAACUCUGGCCUUAAAGUGUCCUUGUACUAUUUCCAACUAUCCUAAAGACAGGUGUUAUUUAUCUCAUCAAUAAUGCACUCACACAGUCAAACCCGUGACAUUGGACCAAAGCACAAGCUGCGAAGCAAACUGUAAGAAUGGGCACUUAAGGUGUGUAUAGGUCUGUUAAUUUUCAAUCGUGAGAUUUGUAUUUCAUAAUGUAAUGGCUUCUGACAGCCACUUUUUGGUUGUUUAUUUGUGUUCUUAAACCAUCAUACUGUUUUUUACAUCCUUUUUGAAUUCACCAGAAUUCAUUAAAAGUUACUGUGUAAGUUUUGUAUGUAUACAGACAAAGAAUAAAAGACCAAAUAUUUGCUCAGGAAUUGUGAGAGACUGAAUAAACGGUUAUGGAAACCACAGCAAUCCAAAAACAUGAAUCAUAUUGAAUUCUCCUGCUGCCACAUUGUUUUCUAGCAAAAGCUUCUAAACGUGAAGCAGAUCUCCUUAAUCAACCUAAUGAAAGAUUUGAGUAACAGAGAAAGUUUGGUCGAGCCAGCUGGAACAGCAUUCGUUUAAAUCGGAUGAAAAAACAACAUAUUGUUGACAUCUUGUAGACAGAAUCAGGUGAGGGGGAAAGAGAGAAUACCGGUUUAGGGGCGUAUUAACACACUGCCCCAUAAAUAUCCAAAUAGUUUUGUACCGUGAUAAGAUUUAGCUGGAAAUCAG